GUGACGUCACUUCCGUCGCGCUGCUGGGCGUUGCCAAGAUGGACGCUUCGCGGGCUCGGGAGCAGCUCCGGCGGCGAUACCUGUUCCCGCGGGACACCGAGGCCCCGCCGGACAGCGAGGGCCACGCCGGGCCGGAAGUUUCAACUGCGGUUGAGAGAAAGGAGAAACCUCUUCCAAGACUUAAUAUCCAUUCUGGAUUCUGGAUUCUGGCCUCCAUUAUUGUGACCUACUAUGUUGACUUCUUUAAAACCGUUAAGGAAAACUUCCACACUAGUAGUUGGUUUCUGGCCGGCAGUGCCCUGCUGCUCAUCAGCCUUUCUAUCGCGUGCUACUGCAUCCUCUACCUGGAGUGGUGCCGUGGGAUUGAAGACUACGACGCCAGGUACCCAGCCUUGAUACCCAUUACAACCGCCACUUUCAUCGCGGCCGGCAUCUGCUUCAACGUUGCCCUGUGGCACGUGUGGUCCUUUUUCACCCCACUGGUGCUGUUUACUCAGUUCAUGGGGGUCGUGAUGCUGAUCUCACUCCUGGGGUGAUUUCCAGAGGUUUAAGAGCGCGUCACUUUGACGUGAACGAUUGAACACCCAGCUGGCUGACCGCGUCGCGGGCAUAAGGGCAGAGCUGCGGCGUGUUCCCGUAUCUCACAAGCGAGUGGCUUCCUUGGAAAAACUGUAACGCUGCAGCCUGGCUGCGAUCAGAAUAAAUUCGAUUUCAUUUGCCUGUCCUCAAACUCAAGUACUUAUGACUGAAUUCUUCAAAUUCAGAAUAGAGAUACUCUGUUCAAAAUAGAAGUAAUUAGUGUGCGGUGUUAAUCCUGUGAGUCAUUGGAGAAAGUAUUGGUGUAAACAUUUAAGCAGAGUUUCACGUAGGUACGUGGUGUCCUCCCAGGAUGGCAGAGGAAUUGCUCACCUGUGACCGGACGCGAUCCCUGGCUGUGAAUGCACAGGAACGACCAUGCCGUGUGCCUUUAACUCAGCUUCUGAGGUUACGACCUCAUUUUUACAAUAGUUUUGUUAGUGAGACGGCCAUUGGGAAGAUUUUCUAUGCUCCUGUCACUUUACAUUACGUCAUGUGUAAAUGACUGGGUUUCUAGCAUUUGUUUAACACGGGCACUUUUAAUCAUUUCUAAGUACAUGUACUUUUUCCUUAACAUUUAAAUAAACUAUUUUUAUAACCUU